AUGGCGAACAACUUGGGCACAACCACUAUUGCCUACACUCUCACUGAAGGCCAAUCAAACAACCGGCCACCUUUCUUCAACGGGAAUAACUACUCCUAUUGGAAAGAAAGGAUAAGGAUCUUCAUCCAAUCCAUUGACUACAACAUAUGGAAGAUUGUUAUGAGCGGUCCCAAGAUCCCAACAAAAACAAUUUUGAAGAGUACCGGAAGGUGUCUAGAUGCAAGACAGCUAAAGAAAUCUGGAAAAAGCUCCAGGAGAUUUAGAAGGAUGAUGAAGAACAAGGGCAAAUACAAGGGUUCAAGUUCAAAGGACCACAAGUUCGACCUAAGCAAGGUGACGUGCCAUCACUGCAAGGAGGCUGGACACUUCAAGCUAAACUGUCCAAAGCUCAAGAAGGAGGACAAAGGAAAGAAGGAAAGGAAGAGAGUACUCAUGGCAGCUUGGGAGAAUCUUGAAAAUGACUCAAAUGAAGAAGAAGAAUCUGAAUGUGAAGACAAAGAUUGUUUCAUGGCUGGAAACAACAAUCUUGAUGAGUUUGUGACUUCUUCAUCAAAUACAAAAAAUACAUCUAGCAAAUCUGGUAUUGAAUAUGUUUCAACUCUUGAAGAAAAAUGUGAUGAAGUAUACCCAAGUGAAACUGAGCCUUCACCAAGAACUGAUCCAAGCUCAAACCGGCCAGAAAAUCAAGCUCAAAAGGAAGUUGAAACUGGGCAAAAUCAAGAAAAUAGAAAUUCUGUUCAACUUGACCCAGAAACUACAGUUGCUAAAAAUUCGAGAGACAAUUCCAUUUUAUCUCAUGAAUUUGAGGGAGAUCCUGAAGACAGCAGCACCCAAAGUCCCUUGGUAACUGAAUCUGCCUCCAAGUCCACCAGACCUCGUGAAUGGAGAUUCUUGAAGAAUUAUCCAGAGGAAUUUGUCAUUGGGGACAUCUCACAAGGGGUUAGAACUCGGUCAUCUACUAGAAAGGCAAAUGAAGGUUCAAACAUUGCCCUUCUCUCACAAAUAGAGCCUCAAAAUGUUAAGGAAGCCCUCAGUGACCCUUCUUGGGUUAAAGCAAUGGAGGAUGAGCUUCUUGAGUUUGAGAAGAACCAAGUGUGGACUUUGGUUCCAAGACCGAGUGGAAAGAAAGUGACCGGCACCAAGUGGAUAUUUCGAAACAAGUUAGGAGAAGAUGGUAGCAUUGCAAAAAACAAGGCAAGGCUUGUGGCACAAGGAUAUGACUAA